GAGUAGUUCGCGCUGACGUCCCGGCGGUCCCGCCAGGCCGCCAUGGCUCGUCUGGCGUACUGUACCGACGUGGACCGGUCCGUGGUCCUCUCCAGUCUGGAGCGGCGCGGCUGGACCGCCGUCGGACCAGAGGACGACUGGAACUUCUACUGGGCCUCGACAAACACCACCCGCAGUCUAUUCAGCGUCGACAGUGGUUACCGUAUGGGAGAUCACCAGAUGAUAAACCACUUUCCGACCCACUACGAGAUCACCCGUAAGGACCUGAUGGUGAAAAACGUCAAACGCUACCGCAAAGAGCUGGAGAGGGACGGAAACCCGCUGGGAGAACGAAACGAACAGGGUCGCUACGUGCACCUGGACUUUAUCCCGGUGACGUUCAUGCUGCCGGCCGACUACAACCUGCUGGUCGAGGAGUUCCGCAAGAGUCCCAACAGCACAUGGAUCCUCAAACCGGCCGGCAAGAGCCAGGGCGUUGGCAUCUUCCUCGUCAACCGGCUGGCGCAGAUCAAAAAGUGGUCCCGCGACUCAAAGACGCCGUUUAACCCGGCGCUCGUGAAGGAUACAUACGUCAUCUCCAGAUACAUCGACAACCCUCUGCUGAUUGGUGGCAAGAAGUUUGACCUGCGCAUUUACGUUUUGGUUACCUCGUUCCGACCGCUCAAGGUCUACCUCUUCAAGAUGGGAUUUUGUCGCUUCUGCACCAUCAAGUAUGACCUCAACACUCAGGAACUGGAUAACAUGUUUGUUCAUCUCACCAACGUCUCGAUACAAAAGCGCGGGGCCGAGUACAAUUCGAUCCACGGCGGUAAGUGGUCCAUGGAGAACCUGCAACUGUUCCUGGAAGGAACUCGCGGCCGGAAAGUCACCGACAAGCUGUUCAGCGACAUCAACUGGCUGCUGGUGCACUCGCUGAAGGCCGUGGCGCCAGUCAUGGUCAGCGACCGACACUGCUUCGAGUGCUACGGAUACGACAUCAUCGUCGACCAGAACCUCAAGCCCUGGCUCAUUGAGGUGAACGCCUCACCGUCUCUGUCCUCCACCACGGCCAACGACCGGAUCAUGAAACAGGCGCUGAUCGACAUCAUCAAGGUCGUACUGCCGCCCGACGGAAUACCAGACGUGCACUGGAACAAGGUGCCGCCGUCGGAGAACCUGACCGACUUCGAGCUGCUCCUGGACGAGGAGAUAGCUGCGCAGCUGGAGAACGCCAGGGACCGCGGACAGGCCUCCAACCUGCCCCGCUGGCGCUGAACUACGGUCACUGUGACUGCCCGGGACAGCUGGAGAACGCCAGGGACCGAGGACAGGCGUCCAACCUACCCCGCUGGCGCUGAGGAUCGCGGACAGGCCUCCAACCUACCCCGCUGGCGCUGAGGACCGCGGACAGGCGUCCAACCUGCCCCGCUGGCGCUGAGGACCGAGGACAGGCGUCCAACCUGCCCCGCUGGCGCUGAGUCUGUGACCCGGGCUGGGGACAGCAGAGGCUGUCUGGGACAGCGGACAGGCGUCCAAUCUACCCCGCUGGCGAUAAAGCACCUGAACAAUGGGAGAGAGGCCAGCACAGCUAUGUAACUUCCACCGAAUCAGGACAUAAAAAAUGU